AUGUUUCAUUCAUUAUUAUUUGAUAUCAUUGUGUUACAUUUGAUCAUGCUUGUUUCAAUACAAGUUGAUGGUAAAAGACAGAAGCUACAUAGUUUCGGAAAUCCAGAGGUCAUUUUAUCAAAUCUAAAAGUUAACUUAGGCGAAUUCGCAUUGAGUCUACAUCAUGCAGAUUAUCAAGUACAGGAAGAAAUGGAUAGACUUCUCCGAAUAUAUUCAAUUGAUGAAGAAGUAUUCACUAAAUAUAUUAAAUGCUUUGAUUUAUCAGCACAUUUACUUUAUAAAACUAAUUUUGGACAAGGUUUGGAUAAAUUAGUUGAUUCAGUGAUGAACAAACGCGAAGCGAAAGUCGCAAAAUCUUCAAGUCGCUAUAAAUGUUUGCAAAAGGAACUAAAAAAAAUCAAAAAAAAGGCGGUUCAGUACAGCGGAACGCAAUGUGAAAUCCCUACAGGACUUAAUUACAAAGACAUGGAAACUUUAAUUGAGUUGAGUAGAAAUAAAUACAGAAUUAUCAACAGUUACAACGAAAGUUUGUUUAAAUACGGACUUAUAUUAGACUUUGUCAACAAAGCCAAACCGAGUAAGUUAAUUUCAUAUCGAUUUCAUAUUGACUAA